CUUUUCAAUAUUUACUUGAGACAAUGUUAUUUCAAUCAACGUUUAACACUCAGAAUAAUAAUAAUACUAUUCGUGAUAAUAUUAUUAAUAGUACACUAAAUUAUAACUCAUAUUGUUUCAAUUCACAACUAAAAAGUUUUUCAGACCAAAAUAGUACCCUAUUAACUCCUGAUAUAGCGUUAUCAUCUGCAAGCCAAUAUACAUCUACACCGAUCAAUUUUCAUUUGAAUAGAACGGAUGAUUUCUCUAUUAGACCAACAUAUUCUUCAUCUACCUCUCCUAUUAUAAACAAAUAUGAUAUUGAUGAAAUUUUAAAUAAACCUUCAUUGAAUUCAUUCCAAUCUAGUUCAGAUGAUUCGAUUAUUUCUACUACCGCUACUAGUACUACUAUUACUACCCAUACUAUUACUACUACUAAUAAUAAUAUUACUGAAAGCGAAACAAAUACAUCAACAACGCAUUUCAUUGAUAAACUUAGUAACUUCCCUAACGAAAACGUCAUCUAUCCUCAAAUCAAUUUACAAGAUGAAAUCGGCCAAGUUUUGUCAUCGUCAUCAUUAUCGUCAAAGACAGAAGUAGCCACAACAACAACAACAACAACAUCAACUGUAGACUUAACAAAAACCACUAAUCAAAAUUCAAUAAUAGAAGAUUAUUUUUUUAACAAUUUCAAUUCAUCAGAUAUUUCAUUAUUCUGGCUACCAUAUUUAAAUAAUAUUUUCAAUAUGUAUUCAUCUUCAUUGAUCAAUCCAUCUCAAAUGACAAAUUUUAAUCAGGCAACUAUUAAUUGGCGUCUAUGGAGAACUCUUUUAAGAUAUUUAAUGUUAAAUGAAAAUGGUCAUAAACAGUUUGAUGAUGAUGCUACAUCAAUGUUUUCUUUACCUUACUUUUUAUCAACUCCUACUCCUAUGACAAUACCAGUAAAUAAUGUGAAUAAUUUCAAUUCAGUAUAUUUAUGUAAUUGGGAUCAUUUAAUGGAUUUCUCAUAUGUACCCGAUCAAAAUGUUACAUCAAUUCAAACAACACCAUUAAAUCUUGCUAUGAAAUUGAAUUCAUCAGACUAUAACACUACUAUCUCUACUACAAGUGUGAUUAUUAAUACUACUACUACAACUACUACGACAACUACAUCUACUAUUAAUACUCCUAUUAAUUAUUCACCGAAUGGACUACAUUUUACCAAUACUCAAAAAGUGUUAAUCACGCAAUCACAUAGAAUAAAAAGUUCAGUUCAAGCAUAUGAAAUGAUCAAUGAAAACAAAAAUAUUUUCACAAGAUCAAAAACUGAACCCAUAUCAACAACAUUAUCAAUGAAUAUUAAAAAAUCAAUUUAUAAAUGUUCACAUUGUGGUCGAGGAUUUAGUAAAGCAUAUAAUAGAACAAUACAUGAACGUACUCAUACAGAUGAACGUCCAUUUGGUUGUGAUGUUUGUUCAAGACGAUUCAGACGAAAAGAUCAUUUAAGAGAUCACAGCUACACUCAUUUAACAGCAAAACCAUUUUCAUGUUCAAUAUGUCAUCGAGGCUUUUGUCAAUCACGUUCAUUAGAAAAUCAUAAACGUUCAAACCAUCCAAUUAAAAAAGAUGAAACCGGUACAAAAUUCAAUGAUAAUCAUUCGACUAGAUUGAUUUAUACAACAGCUAAUAUUAUUCCUACAAAUGACAUGAAUACUACUACUACUACUAAUAAUAAUAAUAAUAAUAAUAAUCAUAAUAAUAAUAAUAAUAAUAAUAAUAGUAGUAGUAGUACUAGUACUAAUAUGAAUAUCUGUACUACAAAUUGUGACGUGAUCAACAUAAUAAGAAAUAAUAAGGCGGUAUAAAUACAAUUUAAAUAAUGUAUUCAACAAUUGUUUUCAUGGUUAAUAUUUUGGUUUGUUUUGUUUUAAUGAAUGAACAAAAUGAAAAGAAAAAAUAUUUUAUUCACUUUCUAAUGAGUGAUUCAUGUGUUAUUUAAUUCAUUUUCAUUUUGAUUUAUCUUUCAUUUCGUUUAAAGAAAUAAAUAUAUUUUAUAAAAAG